CCUAACAGCUUUCCGUAGUUCGCUGACAACAUGGCGACUACCCUGUGAGCCACGCUGGUGCUGGAGUAAACGCAUAAAGCUAAAUAAACGCACGUUUCUAAAGCUUUGAUUAAUAAGAAAUUAGUUAAAGAUGUCGUCUCGACACAAUAACAAGUUACCGACGAACCUCCCGCAGCUGCAAAAUCUAAUCAAGAGGGAUCCGAAGUCUUACGCGGAGGAGUUCUUGCAGCAGUAUCGUCAUUAUAUCUCAAAUGUCGAGAUAUUUAAACAUCAGCCGGAUAAACCCAACAAAGAUCUGGCUGACCUGGUCAUGUUUCUGUCUCAAGUUGCACACUGUUACUUGGAAGAGCUGUCAAAGUUCCCGCAGGAGCUCACACAGCUUCUCUUAAACCACCACACAGUCCUGCAUCCAGAUCUUAGAAUGACGUUUUGUAGAGCCCUCAUUCUCCUGAGAAACAAAGAUCUGAUCAGCCCCACCAGUCUUCUGGAGCUGUUCUUUGAGCUUCUGCGCUGUCACGACAAACUGCUGCGAAAGACUUUAUACACGCAUAUCGUGACUGAUGUCAAAAAUAUCAAUUCCAAGCACAAAAACAAUAAGUUGAAUACGAUCUUACAGAACUUCAUGUACACCAUGUUAAGGGAUUCGAACCCAAUCGCUGCCAAGAUCUCUCUUGAUGUGAUGGUUGAGUUGUACAGAAGAAACAUCUGGAAUGACGCUAAAACUGUCAACGUCAUCACCACAGCGUGUUUCUCCAAGAUUGCGAAGAUCCUUGUAGCUGCGUUGAAGUUCUUCAUUGGAAAAGAUGAAGAUGAAGUGAAAGACAGUGAUUCUGAAUCUGAGGAUGAAGGGCCAACAGCCAGAGAUCUUAUGAUAAGAUACUCCACAGGCAAGAAGUCAUCCAAAAAUAAGAAGAAAAUGGAGAAAGCCAUGAAAGUUCUUAAGAAACAUAAAAAGAAGAAAAAGGUUGAGGUCUUCAAUUUCUCCGCUAUACACUUGAUACAUGAUCCCCAAGAUUUUGCAGAGAAGCUGUUGAAGCAGUUGGAGAAGUCAAACGAGCGCUUUGAGGUGAAGAUCAUGAUGAUGGAGCUCAUCUCUAGGCUUGUAGGCAUUCAUGAGCUUUUCCUGUUUAACUUCUACCCGUUUGUCCAGCGGUUUAUUCAGCCACAUCAAAGAGAGGUGACUAAGAUUCUGUUGUGUGCUGCUCAGGCCUCUCAUCAACUGGUUCCUCCAGAGAUCAUUGAGCCUGUUAUCAUGACCAUCGCCAAUAACUUUGUAACAGACAGAAAUUCUGGUGAAGUCAUGACAGUCGGAAUCAACGCUAUCAAAGAACUGGUGGCCCGGUGUCCUCUGUCUAUGUCUGAAGACCUUCUGCAAGAUCUGGCACUGUACAAAACCCACAAAGAUAAAAAUGUCGUGAUGUCAUCCAAAGCUCUUAUCCAGCUCUUCAGAAGUCUGAAUCCACAGAUGCUACACAGAAAAGACAGGGGAAAGCCCACAGAAUUUUCCAAAGAGGCCAAGAUUCAGAGUUACGGUGAACUGGAGGCCAAAGGCUACAUCCCUGGAGCUGAAGUGCUGGAGGUGGAAGCGAAUGCAGAGGAGGAAGACGGUCAAGAUGGCUGGGAAAUCGCCAGCAUGAGUGAAGGUGAUGAUGAAGAUGGAGAAUGGGUGAAUGUGCAUCACUCCUCCGAUGAAGAUCAGACAGAAGUGACUGAGAAAUUGCAGAGUAUCCCGGAGGACGAGCGGAAAGCUAAAGCCACCGAGGUCAGCGGCAGCCGACUCCUCACGCAAGAGGACUUCAAAAAGAUCAAAAUCGCCCAGAUGGCCAAAGAGGUCAACGCUGCACCUGGCAAGGGUCAGAAGAGGAAGAACGUAGAGAGCGAUGAAGAAAAUGAGAGAGGUGAGAUACUUAGUCUGAGGGACAUUGAACGUCUUCACAAGAAACCCAAAUCUGACAAAGAAACUCGACUGGCAACAGCCAUGGCUGGCCGACCAGACAGGAAGGAUUUCGUGAGGAAGCAUAGUAAACUGAACCCGUUUGCCAGCACCAGUAACAAGGAAAAGAAACGAUCGAAGAACUUCAUGAUGAUGAGACACAGCCAGAACGUGAGGACCAAAGGCAAACGCUCCUUCAGAGAGAAGCAGAUGGCAUUGAGAGAUGCUCUAUUGAAGAAGAGAAAACACAAGUAACGAGUGGUCUGGGCGUGAGCUGUGAGGACCGUUCUGUGUACAGAAGAUGCUUGUGAUAUAAAGAGAUCUGGGUUGUCCUGAACACCAUGUUGUCUUUUAAAUAAAUAUUUAAAAAAAGAAA